GAUUUGGCCCCCCUGUUUUGUGGUGUUUUGCGUUACAACGCUGUUAGAGAAAAUCCAAGGGCCGAUUUCAGGAUAUCGAGAACAAAAACUUUUGAAAUGACCCUGCCGCAUCGCGUAGUGUUGCUUUCGUCCAGAAACACUCCCAACAACGAAUACGAACCCUCGAAUCAAUACCAUCGACAUACUUCACAAGCCUCGACAGAUAGAAAGUAGCGCUACCUAGUGACAAACUCGACUACCUUUUAUUGUCGCUUCGCAAAAAUAGCUUACCACAACAAAAGUAAUAAUAACCACAAAGUCAAAGACUUUGACAAGACACAAGGAUGACAAAUGGGUCACUAUUUUCGGCACUUAAAGUUGUUGUGCUGGCAGCAAUUGCGAUGGAAGCCGAGGCAGACGAAAGUAGAACCAUCCAGACCUCAAAGUUGCAAGUUCAGGUACGAAUGGAAAAUCGACCAUACAGAAAAGAACAAGGGCUCGCUUCCUCCCUUCUAAAGACGUAACUUUCUUCUCCGCCCGCCCUGUCUUAAUGCUCAUCUUGGUCGCUUUUUCUUUUUGUUGGUUUUCUCCACUUUCUCUAUUUUGCUCGCUGGGUAAUAUUUGAAAUGCUUGAUUUUUCCUUGUAGUUCCCGCUAAGCCUAAAAAAGAAUGGAGGAUAUGAUCACAGGGAAGCCAUGUUCGGGAUGCCUCCAUACGGUGGAUCGAUCGAACAAAAUGUUUAUUACGCCGACGCAGAUCUUUGCGACAGCAACACUGAUUAUUCACGAGGAGGUUUUCCCACCCGUGAAUCUGGCGAAGAUGGAAUUAUGAAACAAUGGAAAGCACCGUUUAUCUUAAUGGUCGAUCGAGGUGACUGCACUUUUGUGAUGAAAGCCCGAAACGCACAAAAACUCGGCGCGGCUGCUAUGCUCAUAGCGGACAGCACUUGCUUGUGUUCUGCCCAAGAUAAAUGUGUUUCGGAAGGAGAUACAUACUGCGAAUCAAAGGAGCCCAUCAUGGCCGAUGAUGGAAGCGGAUCCGACGUGACAAUUCCAUCUUUUCUCAUGUACAAACAGGACGCAGAUCCCUUGAAGGAGGUUAUGAAGAAAAACGAGGCUGUCAGGAUGACUAUGUCUUGGGCUCUGCCCCGUCCCGAUUCCCGUGUUGAGUUUUCAAUGUGGACAACACCGACGGAUGAGGUUAGUCUUCCUUUUCAAAAAGAGUUCAGGCACGUAGCAAGGGCACUGGGUGAUGACGCGCAAUUUACUCCACAUAUGUACAUCUACGAUGGGAUUUAUGCCGGCUGUGUAUCGCCGACGGGUGAAAACCAGUGUUACACAAUGUGUACAAACAAUGGACGAUACUGUGCGACUGAUCCCGACGACAAUUUGGACGAAGGAAUAUCUGGUGCUGACGUCGUUGUCGAGAGUCUAAGAAGGAAAUGUAUUUGGAACACAUACGGUGGUGAUGGGGUUGGUAUGCCAUGGUGGGAUUACGUGAACGAAUUUCUUUAUCGGUGUAACAGCCCAGAUUAUUUCAGUAGUAUUGAAUGCGUGAAGGAUUGUAUGGACCGUUCCAGUGUUGAUUUCGACAGGAUCCAGGCCUGCAUGGAUGAUUCUGGUGGACUGGAAAACGACGACCAGAAUGAACUCCUAGACGACGAAUUGCUAGCACGGGAAUCAUCUGGCGUGGUCAUUAUACCAUCGUUCUUCGUCAACAAUGCCCCUCUUCGCGGGGCUCCAAAAACCGCUGAAAUCUUCGAGGCAAUAUGUGCCGGAUAUGCGCUUGGAUAUGAACCACAAGCCUGCAAAAAAUGCAAAUCGUGUGAUGACAUCAGCAGAUGUGUUUCUGUAGGACACUGUCCAGGUGAUGUGGACAGUUUUGAUACUGUAUCCUUUGGAACGUUCAUAGGAACCUUGGUGGUAACAGUUAUUUGCUUUGGAAUCUUGGGUGUUAUUCAAUGGCAACGAUCACAAAGACAAAUGCGAUCCCAAGUCCGCGGAAUUAUGGCCGAAUACAUGCCGAUCGACGGCAAAAAUAAUGUUGAAACUGUGGGGAUUCCGAUGGAUGACGAAGAUGAUUUAAAUGUCGAGAUUUCGUAAAUCAUAUUGCGUGAUUUAAGAACGUCUAGAUUGCGUAAUGCAGUACACAGCAUUUGAAGGUACUACCUUCAGGGAGCGUUCAAACAGAAUAUUUUGUGAAGUGAUUGCAUCGUUCCAUGUCUAUGAGAACAUGGCUUAAUUGCAUUGCUUGACGAAGACGACGCGAUUCUCAACCAAAAGAAGCGGUUGACCAUCGAUGUGAUCCAUAAAUUGUUAGGGACAAAGUCCAAAUUAAAAAUUCAGUAAUAGC